AUGAGACUCGAUUACGGUUCGAUUCGAGCUGGUCUCUAUGGAUACAAUGGUUGUCUGACGGCCAUGGCUAUUGCUCAUUUUUCGUUUGGAUCCGAUUCUCCGCAAAUCAUUGGACCCGUCGUGUUGAUGAGUGCUUGUUCGACAGUCAUUCUUGUUGCCAUUGGGAAACUACUUGUGGUUCGACUGGGUCUCUCACCGUUUACAUUUAGCUCUCAAGUGUGUUCAUUCUUGUGGCUAUUAGGUGCAUUGAAAUUUCGAUACUUUUUUCUGAAUGGAACACUUGUGGCACCUGAAUUAUUGACGGCGGUCGUUGAAAAGCCCAGGCUAUCAAAUGUGUCUGCGGUUUGGUAUUCGGUUAUCGAUAUUUUUGCUGGAUUUCCUGCGAGUGUGAGCGAAGUCUAUUUUCUCGACAGUCCCUUGACGGGUGUCAUUAUUCUUGUGGGUGUAUUCAUUUGCUCGUCAAUACUAUCAUUCUUUGCUUUAUUCGGUGCGGUGACUGGUCAAUUAUCAGCAGCGUAUUUAUUUGGACUUCCAGCAGAAGCCAUUCAUAUGGGCUUAUGGGGCUACAAUUCGGUGUUGACGUGUCAAGCACUUGGAGGGAUGUUUUUCGUUCUCAGCGGCUAUCAAAUAUGGCUUUUCACACUCUUCGGAUCUGUGAUUACUGUCCUCGUUCAAGCUGCCGUUUCUGCUUUCUUCUCUCCUAUUGGGAUGCCUCCUCUGAUGCUGCCGUCUACUCUAACGUGUUGGCUGUUUUGUCUGAUGGCUGGGUCAAGCAAGAAUAUGAUAGCUGUCAAAUUAAUAGCCGUUAGUAUUCCAGAAGAUCAUUCGCGACGUUUUCGAUUGACAAGCCUAAUUAAAAUGCAUUUUGAAUUUAUGAAUAAUUUAUCGACGAUUCUCCAAAAAUUCGGACACGAUGAAGAUAUUUCGAUUGAAGAACUUGCAACGAUCGAGGUUGAAUUAGUACCCAUUCUCUUGUGCUCGUAUGCCCAUCAGAAUGAUAGGCGAAGUCUGAAGGCAUUACUACACGAAGGAGCAGACGUUAAUUCCACGGAUUAUGAUUUACGCAGCCCCUUGCAUUUGGCCGCCUGUGGUGGGAAGACAGAAUUAUGUCUCAAACUGAUCAGAAACUUUCGAGCUAACGUCAACCUGGUUGACGAAUUCGGUGGAACCCCGUUGUAUGAUGCCUUCUGCCACGGAAAUUUUCAUUUGAUUCCAUUUUUUUAUGCGUGUGGUGCGAGAAUGCCUGUCUGCAAGACGAAAGAAUUGGCUUUCUAUUUGUGUGCCUUUUCGUUUGAAGGCAAUUUGGAAGCAGUACAAUAUUUAAUUGCGUGCGGAGUGAAUCCGAACUUUGCCGACUAUGAUGGACGAACAGCCCUGCAUUUAGCCGUUUGUGGCAAUCAUUUUUCCUUGGUGAAACAUUUAGUAGAGGAAAGUAAUGCGUCCUUAUCAGUUGUAGACUAUUAUAGUCAAACUCCGAUUCAAGAUGCUCUGCGUCUACCAGAUUAUCGUAUUGCCGAUUAUCUUCAGCACUGGCGAGACCAUCCAUCGAAACAAAAACCGAGAAAAAUAAAUAUACUAAUGGAAAAUAUACUGUACGACAACGAUAAUUACGAUCAAGACGAAAAAGAAGAAGAAGACGACGAACUAACGGGUAAUAUCUCAUCGGGUGUCGAAGAAAGUCUGCUGCCGGCCUUAUUCUGUAUCAUGAUUAUUUAG